AUGGCAUCUUACCACACUCGCUCCAAUAGCUUGCCUUCUAGGCAGCACCCUCUCAUUCCCGAAUUCGAAGAGCAGUUGUGCAGAUUGAGGUCUUCAGAAGAGGCCUCAUCAUCAUCGGUCGCCGGCAAACUAUGCGGACUUCAAGAUCUGCAUGAUUGUGUUGAUAAGUUGCUUUUACGACCACACAAUCAACAAGCCUUAUCCCGGGAUCAACAUGAGAAAUGCAUAAAUGAGCUUUUAGAUGCAUCUCUUAAGCUCUUGGAUUUAUGCAACACAGCCAAGGAUGCCCUUUUGCAAAUGAAAGAAUCAACGCAAGAACUUCAGUCAAUUAUACGCAGAAGACGCGGAGGUGAAUCGAGUCUAUCAAGUGAGUUUAAGAAAUUCUUGAAAUCCAGGAAAGCGGUGAAAAAAGCACUCCACAAGGCUGCGGAAAACAGACGCACCUUCAGUCUCCUUAACAAGGAUGAAGAAAUUGUUAGCAUGUUGUAUGAGGUUCAUUCAAUUACUCUCACAGUUUUUCAAUUAAUGUUUGCCUUCAUCUCCGGACCAAAGUCAAGCAGCUGGUCAUUGGUUUCCAAGUUGAUGAACUCUACAAAAGUUUCUUGUGAGGACGUCAACAAAUCAAACGAAUUCGCAAGUGCAGAUGCAUCAUUGAACAGCUUGCUUAUGAGCCACAAGAUGAAGAAAUCAGAUAGCGUGCUUGAUGAGAAUGCGCAAAACGAACUUCAGAAAUUGGAGAUGUGCAUUCAAGAUCUAGAAGAAGGAGUUGAGAGCCUUUACAGGCGUUUGAUCAAAACCAGAGUUUCUCUGCUCAACAUCCUCAACCACUAG